AUGGUGUCAAUCACAACAGAAUACAUCAGUGUCGGGGGGAACAGGCAUCCGGCAGCCGCAGACUGGGAUGUGCAGUUAGGUGUGCUCGCCUUUGGUGCAGAUAACAAUGUGGCCUUGUGGGAUCCAAGGGAUGCCUCUCAGCGCGGGGUUUAUGCCCUCCUCGUUGGCCAUACCGACAAAGUCAGUGCGGUCAGAUUCUACACAUGUCCCGCCACGGGUACGAAGCUGCUUCUUACCGGCUCCAUUGACCAAACGAUUCGGAUAUGGCGGGCUGAUGCAGUCGACCCCACCAAAUUCGCCCAUACACAUACUCUUACGGGUCAUACAGGCUCAGUAAAUACGAUUGCCGUUGCCGAUGGCGUCGCAAUCGUCGCAUCUGGAGCCGCAGAUGGUACCGUCAAGAUCUGGAAGAUCGAGACGCUGGAAACCGUAAUAAAGGCCGAUCUAUUUCAGGAUCUUACGAUGAAACCUCGCUUCUUCCCGCUGGCAUUAUCACUGAAGCCGCUGUCAACAGAAUCGAAAGACAAACCCGUGGUAUUGGCAGUUGCCGGCACGAUGAAUAAUGUUCAGAUUUAUGUUUCUGGGAACGUAAUCGCUGGUGCAAGCUUUAGUCUAUCUGCGACUCUUCCAGGCCAUGAGGCAUGGGUACGUUCCCUCUCCUUCACCGAGGAUAAACAAAGCAAGUCGGGGGACCUAUUGCUCGUCUCAGCCAGCCAAGAUAAAUAUAUCCGGUUGUGGAGGCUUCAACGAGGAGAGGCCACCAAGUCUACACUAGCAGAUGAUGCAGAUCCUAUGCUUGGCGGGCUUGAAACGACUUUAUCCAAUAAAGCUCAUCAGUUCGAAGCAGCCGGGUCCAAAUAUUCGGUCACUUUCGAAGCUCUUCUUUUCGGGAAUGAGGAUUGGAUCUACACGACCUGUUGGAACCCAAGCACGGAACGCCAACAGCUGCUUUCUGCUUCUGCAGACAAUACUUUGACAAUCUGGGAGCAGGAUCCGGUAUCCGGAGUAUGGCUCUCCGCAGAGAGGAUGGGAGAAAUCAGCGUCCAAAAGGGAUCCACCACAGCUACAGGAAGCACUGGCGGCUUCUGGAUUGGACUUUGGUCUCCGGACGGAAGGCAAGUCGUGAGUCUGGGCCGAACAGGUAGCUGGAGGGCAUGGAGGUAUGAUGCCGAUUCGGACAUGUGGCUGCAGGCACUGGGGAUAACGGGUCAUGUGCGUUCUGUGAACGGUGUGCAGUGGGAACCAACCGGAGGGUAUUUGCUUUCCACCAGCGCAGACCAGACUACUCGCCUGCAUGCAGAGUGGUCGCGUGAGGGACUGAAGUCGUGGCAUGAGUUUUCAAGGCCACAGAUUCAUGGCUACGAUCUGAACUGCAUUGAUACCUUGGGACCCGCGCGCUUUGUAUCAGGCGCUGACGAAAAGCUUUUACGGGUGUUCAACGAGCCGAAACCUGUCGCCCAACUACUGGGGAAGCUGGCGGGGUUUAAACCAGAAACGGAUGAAGAGCUUCCAGAUACUGCACAGAUUCCGGUUCUCGGCUUGUCUAACCAGGCCGUGGGCGAGGAAAUCCCAAUGGAGGUAGACGAAGAGAGUGCUGCGGGGGCACGGCAAGUCCAAGCAAACCAGGCAAUGAUAUCAAACCUGUGCCAUCCACCGCUGGAAGACCAGUUGGCUCGCUAUACGCUAUGGCCCGAGCAUGAGAAGCUCUAUGGUCACGGUUACGAGAUAUCAGCCGUGGCCGUGAAUCACGAUCGCACCCUGGUUGCGACUGCUUGUAAAGCAAGCUCAAUAGAUCAUGCGGUGAUACGGCUGUACGACACUUCUGACUGGCGUGAAAUUCGACCUUCCCUGAAAGCGCAUUCUUUGACUAUCACAAGUCUGUGCUUUUCGAGUGAUGACCAAUACCUUCUCAGUGUUGGGCGAGAUCGGCAGUGGGCUGUCUUCCUACGAAGUGGGCAGGACCCUUCUUCAUUCUCGCUUCUGACAUCGAACCCCAAGGGCCAUUCUAGAAUGAUUCUAGAUGCGGCAUGGGCUCCCCAAGCGGCAAAUCCUGUCUUCGCGACGGCUGGCCGAGACAAAUCAGUAAAACUAUGGGAGAAGGUCGAUGAUUCGUUCGCUUGCAAGACUACUAUCUCUCUAGAAAGCCCGGUCACAGCUGUUUCGGUCCUUCCAGAUGUACUUGACGCUUCCUUCCUCCUUGCAACGGGCGAGGAAAGUGGAAAAUUAUCGGUCUACCGGGUGACUCUGGACGGUCUGGAAGCGAGACACGUUGCUACUGUCGAUAAAUCGGUAUCUCCCUCUAGAGCGAUCACCCAAUUAUCAUGGCGGCCGUCCCAUCGGAAGGAUGUUAGAGAUAACGAAUGGAAAUUAGAACUUGCUGUAGCAAGUGAGGAUUCCUCGGUGCGCGUAUAUGGUAUUUCUGACAUGCUUUCGUGA